AUGGAUCCCGAGUCCCCGCCCCGCGAGCUGGAGCUCUCGGCUCUGGAGGCCGAGAAGGAGCCGAUGGCGGCGGCGGCCGAGCCCGAACCCGAGCCGGCCUCGCCCCCUCAGGCUCCCCCUCCCCACCGCGACCCCUCCCCAGCCCCGGGCGCGGCCCCGGGCGCCGAGAAGAACGGGCUGGUGAUGAAGAUCCCCCCCGAGGAAGAGGAGGAGGCGGCUUUGGGCGGCUCGGGCGUUUCGGGGAGCCCCAAAUUCACGGGGCUGGGCAAGGAGGAGCUGCUGAGGGAGGCGGGGACGCCGCUCUGGGCCCGGGCCCGCCUGGUGCUGCUCGUGCUCUUUUGGGGGGGCUGGCUGGGAAUGUUGGGGGCCGCUGCCGCCAUCGUGGCCCAGGCCCCCCGCUGCCAGCCCCUGCCUGCCAAAGCCUGGUGGGAGCUCGGGGCGCUCUACAGGGCCCCCCCAAAGGCGUUUGGGGGUAACCUGAAAGGUGUGGAGCAGCGUUUGGGGUACCUGAAGGAGAAGCUGCAGGUUGGGGGGCUCAUCCUGGGCCCCCUGGCCCCCCAAAAACGCCCUGAGGAUCCCAUCCCCCCCCUGAGGGACGUGGACCCCGCCCUGGGCUCCCCCCAGGACCUGAGCGCCCUCCUGCAGGCGGCCAAGGACAAAGGGCUGAAGGUGAUUCUGGACCUGACCCCCAACCCCGGUGGGGAUCAGAAAUGGGGGGACGCAGCCAAGGACCCCCAAGUUCACCAGCAGGUCCAGGAUGCCCUGAGGCAUUGGCUGAAGGAGGAAAUCGCUGGGGUGUUCCUGGAUGGCAUCGAGGAGCUGCCGGUGAGGGACUUCCCCCCUGUAUUUGGACCGGGCGGUGCGGCGGUGCGGGGUGCGGCUGCUCCUGGGCCAACUUCCUGCACCCGGGCCCGAACCCGGCGCGAAUCCCCCGAGGGAGCCCUGAGGAGCCUCCUGGGCCUGCUGGGCUCCAACGCCUCCAUCGGGGGGCUGGGCUGGAGCGUGGGGUCCCCCUGGCGCUCGUGGGCGCCCCCCGAGCUGAGGCUGCCGCAGCUGCUGCUGCUCUGGGGGCUCCCCGGGACCCCCGUGCUGAGCUACGGCGACGAGCUGGGGCUGGGCCGUACCAACAACCAGCAGCUGCCGCCGAUGCCGUGGGAAUUGAUCGAUGAACCAAAAAAGAGCGGGAACGGCUCUCAGCCCCCCGAGCUGGAGCUGUGCACGGCCCUGGCCUCGCUGCGGGCCCACGAGCGCUCGCUGCUGCUGGGGGAGGCGCUGCCGGUGCGGGCGGGCGCGGCCGUGGCGCUGCUGCGGCGCUGGGACCAGAGCGAGCGCUUCCUGCUGCUGCUCAACCCCCACGGGACCCCCCUGAGACCCUUCUCGGUCCAGAGGGACCCCCAGGACCCCCCCCUGCCCGAGUGGGCCACGCUGAGAUUCAGCACCGGCCCCAAGGAGCCGGGGGAGCCGCAGGUGCAGCUGCAGGAGCUCAAGGUGGGGCCCCACCAGGGGGUGCUGCUGAGCUUCCCCUACAGCCCCCAGUGAGCCGGGCACCCCAAAACUGCCUUGACACCCCAAAACAGGACCCCAAAACUGCCUUGGUCCUUCUCUCAGCACCCCAAAGGUGCCUUGAUCCCCUCUCUGCACCCCAAAACCGCCCUGACCCCACCGCAGCACCCCAAAGGUGCCUUGAUCCCCUCUCUGCACCCCAAAACUGCCCU